CACGCUCACCCGCGCAUCUCCUUCCUGUUGAAGAAACGGAGACCAUGGCUGCGAGGACAUCUAGCAAUCACUCUGGAGAGUCCCUUCCCCCGCCUCCGGUACAUCCUUCACUCCGCAAUGCGCCUUCCUCUCCAGCUGCGGCGCACGGCGUGCACCGGGUCCCACCCCCGCUUCCUAAUGUAAUGCGUCCUCGUAGACAGCAGGUAUCCGAGGCGACUGUGGUACUAGACGAAGAGAAGUCUACUCCAGGCUCCUUCGGCACUGACGAAUCUCCCGGCACUUCGCAGGACGCGGAAGAAGAAUUGUCAGAAGUGCAGUUGCGAGAGCUUUACGACGAAGAAGAGAUAAAUCGUUUCUUGCAGAUGUUCUCCGCCUAUGUGAGAGAAGCUCGGGUCGCCGAUGUUGCAGACAAGCCACCGUCGUAUAGCGCGCCCGAAGAACUGGCAUCUUCCGCUGACAAGAUGUCUGUCGGAGAAGCUGAGGAAACAGGAGACUGGGUCUCUCUCGACCAGGCGACGCCGACGUCGUCUGUUACCCCGCCGCCAUUACCUCCUCGCUGCAAACCCGACCGAUGCCUCUCGGAGCGGAUCGCGCAGGACUAUGUACUACCUCUUCUUCCACCGGCGCGUCCUGAACCCCCUUCCUUCACUCUGCACCGUCUUCGAGUUUCUGUGCAGAGAAUCUACCUGGCGACUAUACCCUUCUACGGACAUCUCCUCUCCCGUCUCAUUCAGUUGGCUACUUGGAAAGAAAAGAACAUUAGUCUUGUAUACUGUGCUGCCUAUUGGAUAUUGUGGUACAGCAAUCUCCUUUUGCCUGCUCUAGUUCUGCGGAUACUCUUCGCACUCAUACGGCGGAAGCUCCUUCCUUAUCCCAAUCUUGAGGAGCUCCGGCGACAUCGUCGCCAAGUUGAUGAUGCCGAGGAGUUCAGCGCUAAUCUAAUCUCCCGUUUUGUACAAUCGCCUCCUCAUGAUGCACAAGAUGUAUACAAAAUAUUCCGUGACUUCUAUAGAUCCAGGAAGAUGAAGAAAGCUUCCAGUCUCGACGCUCAACGCAAGGCGAUGGAGAGCCUUGAUCAGGAUGCCGUAGCGAUCGAGGCUGACGUGGACGAAGAGGAUACGCUUCAUCAAAGCGAUCCUGCCUCGUCACAUGAGUCUGAUGUCAAGCGUUCCGUGUUGGCAGCGUUGAACGAAGUCGCCGACAUGCAUGAAAGAACCAAGAAUAUAUUUCUAUGGCGGCGGCCAGCUCUGUCUGUGAUGUAUGGGAUGGCAAUCUUUGCUCUAUUAAUCGUCAGCUUGCUCCCUGCAUGGCUUCUGGUGAAAUUAUCAGGAUUUGUAGUUGGGGUCGUGUUUUGGCACGUCAUGCCAAUUGUAACAGCUAUCCCUCCUGAGGAGCGUGCUCGUUUCCCAAAGCCGUUUGAAGAUGUGCCUACAGACGCCGAAUAUGCUAUGGAAUUGAUCUCCCAGCGUGUCGCUCGAGGACUGGAGAUCAAGCCGAAAAAGUCUCGUCCUAAAGCCACUCCCAAGCAGACGCUGGACUCAGGCUCUGCCUCCCCCGAUGCCGAUGGCAUUGAACUCUCAACACAGUCAGUCGGAUCGAGCAGCUCGAGCACUUCUGUGGAUUGGAAAAAAUGGGGCGAUCGGGUUGCGACCACGAAGGCCACCACGGAUGAAGUCAAGAACAUGUUUAAGAAUGGCCAGUGGAAGCGACCGGAGAGUUGGCUCUCGUUGAAUCCGUUGUCUCCCAAGAUAGCGCUCCCUUCCGGAUCCGCGGAACCACGAGUGCAGACAUAUACCUUCCCGGCGCAGCACGCAAAGGCUUCUGGACUGAUUACGCUGACAUCCGAUACGCUUCAUUUCACGUCACUGGUGUCUUCUACAGCGAAGCUCUCGAUACCUUUGGCCAGCAUGCUCGGCGUGAAGAAGGCUGGCGCCUUGCGCGGGCUAAACGUUCGAUGGGCGCACACGAGCGAAGAUGGAUUGGUGGAAGAACGCGAAGAGAAGUUCAUGUGGGUUGGGGCCCGGAAUGAACUGUUCGCGCGCUUGGUUGCGUGGGGAGGACGUCGUUGGGCAAAUGUCUGACGCUGAGAACAAUUAUAUGCGUGUCUUAGGCGAAGAGUUAUAUACGUCAAGAUUACGAACGCUGCUGUCGACGUUCGUUGUGCUUCCGCAGAUCCUUGCACGAAUAGAUCUUUCUAAAUUAGGCAGGUCCUGUCAAUCGACUUUCCGUGAACUCGCGUUCGCCAUUCCCUUCACAUUCUCCCUCCUUGCACCUACAGUCAGCAUUCGACAAGUCUGUACUCUCCACCACAAGCUUGCGAACCCGUGGCAUAGAGAUCGAC